UCUGCCCCCCUUCCUCGGUCUUCCUCACCCGCCCCCUUUCAGUCCUUCUCCCUCGCUCCUUCAUCUCCAGUCUGCUGCUGUCGUCUCGGCGGCUUGUUGGUCUGGGAGAAAGGGAUAUCGCGAGUGUUGGAGUUUUGGUGAGAGUUUGUGGAAGAUGGCGCCUGUUGUGACAGGGAAGUUUGGGGAUCACCCUCAACCGCAGCGCCUGACAAGAGAAGCGAUGCGGAACUACCUGAAGGAGAGGGGAGACCAGACUGUCCUGAUCCUGCACGCCAAAGUGGCCCAGAAGUCAUACGGCAAUGAAAAGAGGUUCUUCUGCCCUCCGCCGUGUGUGUACCUGAUGGGCAGCGGCUGGAAGAAGAAGAAGGAGCUGAUGGAACGCGAGGGCUGCAGCGAGCAGGAGUCACAGCCCUGCGCAUUCAUAGGCAUCGGCAACAGCGAACAGGAAAUGCAGCAACUCAACCUGGAGGGAAAGAACUAUUGCACAGCCAAAACGUUGUACAUAUCGGACUCGGACAAGAGAAAGCACUUCAUGCUGUCGGUGAAGAUGUUCUACGGCAACAGUGCGGACAUCGGAGUCUUCCUCAGCAGGAGGAUCAAGGUCAUCUCCAAACCCUCCAAGAAGAAGCAGUCGCUCAAGAACGCAGACCUGUGUAUAGCGUCGGGCACGAAGGUGGCUCUGUUUAACCGGCUGCGGUCCCAGACGGUGAGCACGCGCUACCUCCACGUGGAGGGGGGCAACUUCCACGCCAGCUCGCAGCAGUGGGGCGCCUUCUACAUACACCUCCUGGACGAUGAGGAGUCGGAGGGGGAGGAGUUCACGGUGCGGGACGGCUACAUCCACUAUGGCCAGACGGUGAAGCUGGUCUGCUCAGUCACCGGCAUGGCACUGCCACGACUGAUCAUCCGUAAGGUGGAUAAGCAGACAGCACUGCUGGAUGCGGACGACCCCGUGUCCCAGCUCCACAAGUGUGCCUUCUACCUGAAGGACACCGAGCGCAUGUACCUGUGCCUUUCCCAAGAGAGGAUCAUCCAAUUCCAAGCCACUCCAUGCCCAAAGGAACCAAACAAGGAGAUGAUCAACGACGGCGCCUCCUGGACAAUCAUCAGCACCGACAAGGCCGAGUACACCUUCUACGAGGGCAUGGGGCCCGUACACUCACCUGUCACGCCAGUACCUGUAGUGGAGAGCUUACAGUUAAACGGUGGUGGCGACGUGGCCAUGCUGGAGCUGACGGGUCAGAACUUCACUCCAAACCUGAGGGUGUGGUUCGGAGACGUGGAGGCCGAGACCAUGUACAGGUGUGGGGAGAGCAUGCUGUGCGUGGUGCCCGACAUCUCGGCGUUCCGGGAGGGCUGGCGCUGGGUGCGCCAACCGGUCCAGGUGCCCGUGACGCUGGUGCGCAACGACGGCAUCAUCUACUCCACCACGCUGACCUUCACCUACACGCCGGAGCCGGGGCCACGCCCGCACUGCAGCGCGGCCGGAGCCAUCCUGAGGACCAGCGCCAACAGCCUGUCGGGCGCCAGCACGCCCAACAGCCUAGGGCCCGGAGGUGGCGGAGGAGGGGGCCCCCCCGACACGGGCCCGUACGGCUCCGGGGGCAGCGGAGGGAUGCCCGCGUCUGCGUCGUCCGCAGCGGCUGUGGUGUCCUAACACACACACACACACACACACAUACACACACACACAUACGCAUACACACACAAACACACAUACACAUACACACAAACACAGAGGCAUACUCAUUCACACACACACACACACACACACGGAUGUGCCAUACGCAUGCGCAUGCACGCACGCUGAGUAUGAGCGUGUUUUGUUUAUGUGUGCUGGCGGUGUCUGUGUCGGUGGUGGUGGUGGGUGGGUGUGAUUUCGCGGUUCAUGUUUUUUAUGGGUGUACAUAUAUAAACAUGCACCCAUCAGCUACAUGGAACAAACGAACUUCAAAGUUAAACAAACAAAAAGACUAAGAAUACUGACUUCUUUAAAAAAAAAAAAAAGUGCUGCAUUUUGCGUUUGGUGGGGAACCUUCACAACAAAGCGAAACAUAAAAAACGAGAAAAAAAACGUGAACGUGGUGAAAUAACGAGAGGAGUGGAUUCGCAGGAGGAUGCGAAAAACAGUGGAUGGCUGCGGAAGUCCACUGAAGUUUGUCAUUGGUCGUCAUGGUUACGUCACGGUGUUCCACAGCACCCUCCAGUGGCACAUGUUUGAAAGAGACACGCCCCCCCUCUGGUGGUGUUUUGGGGGUGGGGGUGUAAUGUGUGUGUGUGUGUUUCACACGCCUUACUCCACCCCCCCAUCCGCCUCUCUCUCCCUUGCGAAGGAGUUGAGACCGCCAGUGCCUAUGAUAGGCCCCGUGAAAAAAGCAGUCGCCACGACAAUGAUACAUCAGCCAUGUACAAAUGUGUGUUUUUAAAAAAAAGAAAAAUCUAUUUUUUGCGCUUUUUUUUCUCUUUUUCUGUUUUUAUCAUUCUCGUUUCUUCUGUUUUUUUUAUUAUUAUUAUUAUUAUUCUUUGUCUUAGUCUGAUUUUUUUUCUGUAAAGGGCAAGAUGUAUUAUUGUACAAAAUGGAGGGUGCCGGUGUUGUUGAACCCACGUAAAAAAAAAAUCAUGUUGAUGAUAACAUAGUUUUUAUGGACCAAGGAUAUUCUAUAAGCUUUAGUAAAGGUACAUUUUCUUCAUACCUUUUUUGUAUCAAACAUAUAGUACACUUUUGUUACCAAAUAGUUUCUAUUCUUCCUCUGAGCUUCUGCCCCGACAUACGUUUUUGUUUUGCGUGUUGGUUUUUAUUUUCGUUGUCGAGGUUGAAAGCCUCUCCUGUGUGUCUGUGUUGUAUAGCUGUCUUCCUCUUCUACAAAUGCCUGCUUUUGAUAGGGGAGGGGGGCUGUGAGGUGGCGAUUUUACAUUUUGAUACUUUUCGAUUUUUUUUUUCUUUUUCUUUUUUUUUUUUAAAGCAGAUUUUUUUUUCAUUAGUGUUUGGGAGAAACUCAGAGGUCCUCUUUUUUAUCCUGUGUUUUUAUGAAGUCUUUAAGAAAAAAAAAAGAACAAGAAGAAGAAGAAAAAAAGAAAAGCUUUAAGCAACGCCUCUGCCUUGCCCGCAAUACUCUGUGUGCUACAUUUCCUUUAAAGACGCAUAGACACGUCUACAUAAUCCGACACCGCGUGAGGGGAUGUCUGCAAAUCCUCGAGUCCUCUGUUCCCUACCCAGCGAGGCUUCCAGCUGAGACACAUAGGUCACAGACAGUGUCUUUAUCCAUUCAUAUGAAAAACUAGCCUUAGCUUUGGUGCUUGAGACCGAACGGUUUUGCUAUUAUAGAGUAGCGUGUUUUCCUGUAGCGGUUAUGCUCAGUGCACUCACAGAGCUUUUUUUUUUUUUUUUUACUGUAGAUCAUGUGCUUCUCAAAAAACUACAAAAAAGCAAAAAUCACAUAUCCACAAUAUCAGUCAUGUUUGUCGUAGUGGUGUUUGUUACCGUGGAAGUAUCAAGAUGUUACAUUUGGAGGAGAAAGUUGAGGACAAAAUGAUCGCUUUGUUAAAAACGGAAAAAGAAAUCAAUGGCAUUGAUGGAACUAUCAGUGUCCCUCAAAAACACAUUUUUAUUCUCAAAUUCAAUGCUGUCUCAUCAAUGUCGAUGUCUCAUUUCAUGAUUGAAGAGGAAAAAAAGAAAGUGGCACGCACAGAAAGGCAAACUCUUCCAUUUUAACGUGGCCUUACAGCAGCUCUUCAGAGCACAAGUCGCUCUUUGAAAAAAAAAAAUGUCCCUGUGGCUCUUAAGCUCCUCAACUUGCCUUUCUGUCAGAAUUCAGCAUUUUACCAACAAAAGCUAGUGGCCCGAGUUUUCAUUGAGGUCCAUACUGUAUGCGUUUUUUCGUUUUUGUUUCACUUACUUGUUUCUUCACGGCACCGUUGACAGUGUUGCCAGAUGUGUCUGAUCAAAUCCCGCCCACAAGGUGCUCAAAAAACGCCUGGAGCCGCUAAAUUCUGCUCAAUUUCAACAAAUUGCAUUGGUUUCUAUGGACAUAAAACUGCAGAAAAAACGCCAAAUGGCCGUUUUUCCCCGUUUUUCCCCACAGACGGCUAUCCCAAGCAGCCCAAUUGGGCGGAUAACCACCCAGUCUGGCAACACUGACCAUUGACUAUAACCAACAUCUGGAAAUUAUGUAGCGUAUUGGAAACAUAAUGGCAAUGAUGACCAUGUGACAAACAAAGGGUGUGAUUUGUAGGGGGUGCUGGGUAGAUUUCACCAUUUCUUGAUUUGAUUUCCCCACCCCUGUUAACCUGUGAUGGCGGGAGUCAAAGGGUGCAUUCCAAUAUGCACACUCCCAUUCUCUACUUGUGCUUGUGGCCUCGCCCUGCCUCCCGGGCCCGCCUUCAUGGAGAAAACAAUUUAAGUUUCCCAGCUGUCAGCCUAGCCACAACAACUUUUAGGCGACUGUUUUCCAUUAACCAUCCCAAUUGCAAAUGAGAAAAUUGGAAAUUAGAAUUGUGCUUUUGCGAAAUAUUUAAUACAUUUUCGGUCGUCAGUGACAUCGUCAUAAGGUCACAAGCAGGCAAGUGAGCAAGGGAGGACGGAAGUCCGCUGAUUGUAAUCCACCCAAAGAGUUCAUAGCGAUUAAUGCAAGUCUUGAAAUGUUCUUCUUGAAGCAUCCUUUCUUUGUUUUCUGACAAAUCACACCCUACACAUACAUACAGGCAAACACUCAUUACAAAAGUCCUCAAACUUGGACAUGGCUGACAAAGUCAGUCUCCCAUCAAUUGCCCACAUCAGCGUUUGCAAGCCAUUGUAGGCCUAUACCAAAGGCAUGUGUCAGCUCGAAAUGUCAGUUAUGAUAUUGUUUUGGUCAAGGACACUUCUGGUUCUGGUGUCCAAGGGUGUGUUUCUUGAGAGCGUCGUUGCUAACCAAGUUGCAACUUACUUGGUUGCAAUGCAAUUCACUGUUGGCAACGUAGGUUGCUAACUGGGGUGCAUUUCUCGAAACCAUAGUUGCUAACUACGUUAGCUACUUAGCAAUUUCCCAUUGGCAACUACCCAAGUGGCUAGCAUUAACGCUUUCGAGAAAUGCACCCCUGGUUAGCAACGACACUGUGGAGAAAGGCAGCCUAGACCGGUUCAUGCGUUGUCAGCAAGCCAUACCAUAAACACAUCAGUGCAUCCACAUCAGUCGUAUAUUCAACUCGUAAUGAGGAAGAUUUUAUUUGACUGCUCUUGCUCUUGAUCUUAUCGGUCCUUAUGCAACCAAUGCCUUUGGAGCAAGACGGGAAAAAAAUGAUAAUAAUUCAAAGAAAAGAAAAAAAACAAUAUAAGGAAUUGUCUAUUUAUAAAUGCUCUGUUACGAAUUUUCUAAAGCCAAUUCCUAGACUCUGUUCAAAACCACAAAAGACGAGUGGUAGAAACUUUUUUUUUUCCGUUUUUUUCUUGUUUUUUUUGUAUCUCACUGAGCACAUAAUAUUUCAUUUUUUUUAAAGCACGGCCUUAAACUCGCCACAAAUACUGUUCAGCAAUGUGGGAAAGCAAUUGUGUGCAUAUAAAUCUAGUCACUGACUCUAAAAGCAACAUGAAAAACCAGCAAGUUCUGCAGGCUCUGAGCCUGAGUUAUAAACAAAACCACAACCACAAAAAUAAGAGUGUGAUUGUUUUAUCAAAAUACAGAGCCAACUAUGGCUGCGUUUACAUGAGACAUUUAAUUCGGAAUUAACUGACUUUAAUUCUUAAUAAAACUUAAAUCCGCUUUGGAAACGUCAUGUAAACACCUCUUAAUUCGGAAUUAACGUAAAGUAAACUCAACGGAACUAUUUAGUUCUUAAUUAUUUAUUCGGAAUUAAAAACAUCAUGUAAACGUAGUGUAUGUUUGUCAGAAGGAUUAGCCUUAGCGAUGAGGUUUUGUUUCACAUGUCCCCCCCUCUCUCCAAGAAGGAUUAAGUGGUCGACUCGACAUACCAUGAGCACAGGGUCUGUAUCUUGCUCACGAUUACUGCACUGCCUCCAUGUGUUUUGACACACUUUAAAUCUAGUCUAGUAACAGCACCUUCGUGCCCCCCUAGCCUAGAAAAGAAAAGAAAAGAAAUAAUGUUCUGUGGUUCUCCUGCAGUUAGAUGUUUUUAUCGUACCGUACAGUACAGUACGUGCUAUCGUACUCUUCUGAAGGCACUAGCUAGCUAGCUACUACAACCAUAUUUGUAUUUGCUGUCGUUUAGCCGUGUUGUGUGUAUACAGAGAUAAGAUAAUAGACAGAACAGUCAGUAGAAGUUGUUUAAAAAAGAAAGAUGGGAGGGGGGGUGUCCCUUUCCCUCUCUCUACCUGUUGUUGAUGUGUCGGGGGGGCUUUCAUAGCCAAACGUAGGGAACAGCGAUAUUGUAUAGGUCACACACUCUAUCAUGUCUAAAUGUGAUAACCACUGACGCCGCUGCCAGGGCUCGUACUUGUUGUGGUCACCCUAAAAACCACAGGAACAAAAAAAAAUCUCUCACUAUAUACCGUAUGAGCUCUUGUUUUUUUCUGUAAGGCUUCAUCAGUUCACCUUGUUGGCUUUCACACCAAACAAGAGCUUACAUAUUCAUUAACUGCUGCACUGUCUUCCCUAUGCUGGUAGAUACAGUAUGGAUGAACAAAAAAUGUUUGAGAAGAAAUUGAAAUAAAUAGAUAUUAAGGCAAUACCUUGAUCCUAGUAUUACAGCCUACUUUUCCGGGAAAAACUGUAACUUGAAUGUUGAAAAAAACAAAACAAAAAACAAAAAUGAAAGUGUUUUCUUUUUUCUCUCUUUUUUUGUAGAGCAUCUUUUAAUAUCUGUGAUGUAAGUCAACGCUCUGUUGUAGAACAAUGAAGACUGUCUGUUUUUAAUUUUCUUUUAUGGCCUUUGUCAACUCUUUUUUUGUUGUUGUUUGGGUUUUUUUUUUUUUUCUUUCUUUUUUUAAGGGAUGUUUGCUCAUAUUUUGUCCCAUUUUCUAAACACCAGUGGAUGCGUUAUACAAUGUAAAAUUGCUUUUAUUUUUCAUUUUUUUUAUUCUAAAUUAUUUCUUAAAAAUGUCUUUUCCCACACCACUCUAAUAUUGUGUCCCCCUAACCAAAAUAAAUUAAGUGCAUUUAUACCCAAGUUGCCUCCAUUUGGCCUGGGAGAUGGUAUCUAGUGGUCUGGUGAUGACCAUGGCGAGGGCUUGCCACUGUUCCCAAGGGAAUAGGUGCUGAGAGCCUUCUUUUCGUUUUGUUUCGUUUGUUUUGUUUUUGUCCCUUGUCAUGAAAAAAAGUGUUGCAUCAAAUCUAGAAAAUUGUCAAAAUCUGUCACAUGAAGAUUGUUUAUUUUAGAGGAGAACGUACUACUUAAUACCCUGGGGUGCAUUUCUGGAAAGCGUAGUUGUUAGCAGUUAGCAACUUCAGUAGUUGCCAAUGGGACAUAGUUAGCAACUACGCUUUCCAGAAAUGCACCCCUGACUUGUACGUUUCAUUGUGAUUUGGGUCUUGUCUUUAGUAUUUGUAUUGGUUGGUAAGAGUAAUGGCCUCCUUUGGGGGGCAAUUUGUCAGUUAAUGUAGUGUAUGGGCCUCUUGAUCAUUGAAUAGAACCAGCAGUAGAACUGUGAGUCCGAACCAAAGCCAGUGAUUGGUGUAUGCACUACAAGUUAUUCAAGAUGGAGGAUAUCAGUUUUAUACGUGUAAACACACUAAAAAAAAAUCUAUGUUCA